CUCAGGCCCCUAUGCAGGCCCCGCCCCGGCUUGUCUCUUUCAGGUUCUCGCGAGGUUUGAGGCCGCUGGGCCGGCCCUGGCGGCUGCAAUAUGGCGGAGGCGGAAGGGGAGAGUCUGGAGUCCUGGCUGAAUAAAGCCACCAAUCCUUCCAACCGCCAGGAGGACUGGGAAUACAUAAUUGGCUUUUGUGAUCAGAUCAACAAAGAGCUUGAAGGGCCACAGAUCGCCGUCCGACUGCUGGCCCAUAAGAUCCAGUCUCCGCAGGAAUGGGAGGCAGUCCAGGCCCUGACGGUGCUGGAGGCCUGCAUGAAGAACUGUGGGAGGAGAUUUCAUAACGAAGUGGGAAAGUUCCGGUUUUUGAAUGAGUUGAUCAAAGUCGUCUCUCCAAAGUACCUGGGGGACAGGGUGUCUGAGAAAGUGAAGACCAAGGUUAUUGAGCUGCUUUAUAGCUGGACGUUGGCCCUGCCGGAAGAAUCAAAGAUCAAGGAUGCCUACCACAUGCUGAAGAGACAGGGCAUCGUGCAGUCUGACCCGCUGAUCCCUGUGGACAGGACACUGAUCCCCUCUCCGCCACCUCGUCCCAAAAACCCUGUUUUUGAUGAUGAGGAGAAGUCUAAGCUUUUAGCCAAGUUGUUGAAAAGCAAAAACCCAGACGACCUGCAGGAGGCCAACAAGCUCAUCAAGUCCAUGGUGAAGGAAGAUGAGGCGCGGAUCCAGAAGGUGACCAAGCGUCUGCACACUUUAGAGGAGGUUAAUAACAACGUAAAGCUGCUCAGUGAGAUGCUGCUUCAUUACAGCAAAGAGGAUUCUUCAGAGGCAGAUAAAGAGCUCAUGAAGGAGCUGUUUGAUCGGUGCGAGAGCAAGAGGCGGACGUUAUUCAAACUAGCCAGUGAGACAGAGGACAAUGACAGCAGCUUAGGGGACAUCCUGCAGGCCAGCGACGACCUCUCCCGGGUCAUCAACUCUUAUAAAACAGUCGUUGAAGGGCAGGUCAUCAAUGGUGAGGUGGUCACCUCAGCCACUCCUGACUCUGAAGGAAACCACCGCUCCAGUAACCAAGGCACUCUUAUUGACCUUGCCGAGCUGGACGCGCCGAGCAGCUUGUCCCCAGUGCUGGCCCCCGCGCCCCGCCCCUCGGGCAUCCCUGUCCUCCCUCCGCCCCCCCAGGCCUUGGGACCCGGGCGCAGCCACUCGUCCAGCCAGGCUGAGGCCUCCCCGGAACCCAGCAGCACGAGCCACACCCUCAGCCUGCUGGAUGAGGAGCUGCUCUGCUUGGGUCUCACCGAUCCAGCCCCCUGUGCUCCUCCCAGAGAGUCAGCCGGAAACAGCCAGUGGCCCCUGUUCCAGGACGAACGGUCGAGCCUGGACUUCUUCAGCCCCAAACCCGCAACUGAUGCCUGUAGCCUCUCAGAUGGGCCUCUCCUGCAGCCCUCAGCGGCCCCCGCAGGCAACUCCCAGGCCCCCGUGGUCCCAGCCAGCGUUCCGGCCCCCUUGGCAGGCUCCUUCUCGUUUUCCACCGGCCCGGCCCCAGCUUCGGCCCCCAAGGCUGAGCCCGCGGCCCCCGGGCACCAUGGUUCAGCUUUGGGCGACAGCACCCUACACCAGCUGGAUGCCCUUGACCAGCUUCUCGAAGAGGCUAAAGCGACCUCAGGCCUGCUGAAACCCGCCUCCUCCGGCUUCUUCGCUGGCGCUGCCACCUCCCCUCUGGUCCCCACCAGCACCUCAGCUAGACCUCUCCUCCCCUUCUCCACGGGGCCCGGCAGCCCUCUCUUCCAGCCACCUGCCCUCCAGUCCCAGGGCGGCCCCGUGCAGGGGCCCGAGCUCUCCCUGAGCAGUGUCCACGUCCCCCUGGAGUCUAUCAAGCCUAGCAGCGCCCUUCCUGUGACAGCCUACGACAAAAACGGCUUCCGCAUCCUCUUCCAUUUUGCCAAGGAGUGUCCUCCAGGACGGCCCGACGUGCUGGUGGUGGUGGUGUCCAUGCUGAAUACAGCUCCCUUGCCUGUCAAGAGCAUCGUGCUGCAGGCUGCAGUGCCCAAGUCAAUGAAAGUGAAGUUGCAGCCACCCUCUGGGACAGAACUCUCUCCGUUUAGCCCCACCCAGCCGCCUGCAGCCAUCACCCAGGUCAUGCUGCUGGCCAAUCCACUGAAGUGGCUGAGUGUGGACGAGGUGGUAGGAGUAGGGCCUGUCCCUCAGCACAGAAAGGGCCCCAAGGCUUUCACAGAAGAGAGCGUCUCACACGCUGCUCCUCUGCCGCAGGAGAAGGCGAGGCUUCGGUACAGGCUGACCUUCGCCUUGGGGGAGCAGCUGAGCACGGAGGUGGGGGAGGUGGACCAGUUCCCCCCUGUGGAGCAGUGGGGGAGCCUGUGACCCCAGAGGACACUGUCAUCUGCACUUUGGAGCCCAGGCAGCCUGCCCUGAGACAGGAGGCUCUCCAGGUCCAGUCCUUCGCGUCCCGACUGCAGCGCUUAAGAGCUUCGAUGUGGAACAGGGGGCCUGGGCAUUGCUGCCGGGAGCCGAGCUGCUGCUAUGAUGAUCUCUCCUCCUCUGGCCCCCUAAAAGGACCUGUUUUUAUCUACCUGUGUGACUUGAAGUGGCCACGUGCAUCAGGGGUGGGGAGUGGCCCCAGACUCUGCACCCCUGCCCUGGGAACAUGGACCUAGGGCUGGAGUAGGUUUUUCCCCUUGUGCUGGCGUCCUGUGAUGCCACAGAGGGGGAGGUCUCCAAAGACAGACUCAGGGCCCUCCGUCAAGGACCACGUCCUCACAUCCCCAGAGGUCUCAGCUCCCCACCGCUACUCCAUGCUUCCCCUUGGCAGGCUCCUGCUCCCGUCUCCAGGGAGGUGGGCAAAGCCCAAUGGUCCCGAAUGGCUCUGGGCUCAGGGCGAGGAGUUGGUGUGCUGCCAGCUCUCCAGCCCUGCCCUCCACGGGCAGCGUCAUCCUGGCGUGGCCACUGGGUGAUGAGUUGUGUGCUUGUCCCUGUCGG